GGUUUGGCUUGGCACUCUUCUGCAAGUGAGCAGCCAUCUUGGAUCUAGCUAUCUAGCAAAGCUGUGUCUACUGUCGCGAUGAGAGGAUUUUAAUCUAGUUUUGGGCCUAAUAUGCAGACAUAAACCGGGAGGAACGUUUCUGUUGGAGCUUCGUGGCUUGGAACAUUUGCAGGAAGUUAGACAGCAAAACUUGACAGAAGAUUCUGAGACCGGUUUACGCGAACUUCCCCCUCCCCUCCCCUUUUCCUUGUCUGAACGCUGUGUGCAGUUUACGGGGGUCUACUAAGUGUUUUGUCUGGAGUUACCAACAUUAACAUCAAGAAGAUUUUUUUCUUUUAACAGAGAAUACUUCUCAAUAGAAGACUGUUAUGCCAUUUGAUCGCUCAACUUUUUUUCAGGAGUUGUCAAGUCUCCGCUUGUUCUACGUGUGGAGUAUAUAGCACACCCAGCUACUGUAAUGCGGUUCUUGAAUUUAUUUCCUUAAUCUGGAUUCGGGUUACUUUCCGACCUGUGUUAUCCUUGGAUUUGAUUGUCUUGCCUCUGAUGUCGAUCGAAUCCAUGGUCUUCAUCAACAACUGGAGGGUCGCUUUCCAACCAUUCAAGUAAGGUGCUGCAAAACCAAACCGUGACUCGCAACCAACCACUUCGGAUAUUCUGACUGUAAAAUGUCAACAAGAACACCACUACCUACGGUCAAUGAACGUGACACUGAAAAUCACACGUCCCACAGUGAUGGCCGCAGUGAGGUGUCGUCGUCGCGGGCCGCCCGCUCGGGCGCGCGCUGCCGGAACUCCAUCGCCUCCUGUGCCGACGAGCAGCCGCACAUCGGCAACUACCGGCUGCUCAAGACGAUCGGAAAGGGCAACUUCGCCAAGGUCAAGCUGGCACGACACAUCCUCACUGGCCGAGAGGUUGCCAUCAAAAUCAUAGAUAAGACACAGCUGAAUCCUACCAGUCUUCAAAAGCUCUUCAGGGAAGUAAGAAUAAUGAAGAUUCUUAACCAUCCAAAUAUUGUAAAACUGUUUGAAGUCAUAGAGACAGAAAAGACCUUGUACCUGAUCAUGGAAUAUGCAAGCGGAGGUGAGGUCUUCGACUACCUCGUAGCACAUGGGAGGAUGAAGGAGAAAGAGGCCAGGGCUAAAUUUAGACAGAUUGUGUCUGCGGUGGAGUAUUGCCAUCAGAAGCGUAUUGUGCACAGGGAUCUGAAGGCAGAAAACCUUCUCCUGGACGCCGACAUGAACAUCAAGAUCGCCGACUUUGGCUUCAGCAACGAGUUCACGGUGGGCAGCAAGCUGGACACCUUCUGCGGCUCGCCGCCCUACGCCGCGCCCGAACUCUUCCAGGGCAAGAAGUACGACGGGCCCGAGGUGGACGUCUGGAGCCUGGGCGUCAUACUCUACACGCUAGUUAGCGGCUCGCUACCCUUCGACGGACAGAACCUCAAGGAGCUGCGUGAGCGUGUGUUGAGGGGAAAGUAUCGAAUUCCUUUCUACAUGUCCACCGACUGUGAGAACCUCCUCAAGCGCUUCCUGGUGCUCAACCCCACCAAGAGAGGCACACUGGAGCAAAUCAUGAAGGACCGGUGGAUAAACGCAGGGGCUGACGAGGACGACCUGAAGCCUUUUACGGAGCCAGAGCUGGACAUCUCUGACCAGAAGAGAAUAGACAUCAUGGUGGGGAUGGGCUACUCGAGGGAAGAGAUUCUGGAGUCUCUGACGCGCAUGAAGUACGACGAGAUCACCGCCACCUACCUGCUGCUGGGCAGAAAAUCCACAGAGCUGGAGGCGAGCGACUCGAGCUCGAGCAGUAACCUCUCCCUUGCCAAGGCGCGGCCCAACAGCGAGCACAACAACGGCCAAUCACCUUCGCACCUCAAGGUCCAGCGCAGCAUCUCCUCCAAUCAGAAGCAGCGGCGCUACAGCGACCAGGCGGGUCCGGCGAUCCCGUCGGUGGGCCACCCCAAGCGGAGCCAGACGGCGGCGGCGGAGAGCGACCUGAAGGAGGAGGCGUCGUCGGGCUCGGCGCCCCGCAAGAGCACCUCCUCCUCGGGCGGCCGCGGCGGCGCGCCCCCCAGCCCCCUCCUGGGCACCGCCAACAACCCCAACAAGGCCGACAUUCCCGACCGCAAGAAGGGCACCACCGCCGCCGGCAGCACAGUGUCCAGUGGCAUGACCAGGAGAAACACUUACGUCUGCAGCGAGCGCAACGCAACCGACCGGCACUCAGUCAUCCAGAACGGCAAGGAAAACAGUACCUCGGUGGCGGUGUCUGGCCACCGGCCCCCCGGGGCGACGGCAUCGGGCGCGUCCACUCACAGCGUGAGCAGCGGCGGCGGCGGUAGCGGUAGCGGCGCCACGCCUCCCGACAGGCUGCGCUUCCCGCGCGGCACGGCCAGCCGCAGCACCUUCCACGGCGGGCAGCUGCGGGAGCGCGAGCGGCGCACGGCCACCUACAACGGGCCGCCCGCCUCGCCCACGCUCUCGCACGACGCCAGCACCCCGCUCUCGCUCUCGCAGGCGCGCAGCCGCGGCUCCACCAACCUCUUCACCAAGCUCACAUCGAAGCUCACGCGCAGAAACAUGUCAUUCAGGUUUACCAAAAGAGGGACGGCAGAGUUUGAGAGGAAUGGGAGAUAUGAGGGUUCAAGUCGUAACGUGUCGGGGGAGGCCAAGGAUGGCGAGGGGAAUGGUAACGGUAAUGGUAAUGGCGGUGGCGUUGGUAACGGUGGCGGUGGCGGCAAGGACGGCAAGCCGCGCUCGCUGCGCUUCACGUGGAGCAUGAAGACCACCUCGUCCAUGGAGGCGGGCGACAUGAUGCGCGAGAUCCGCAAGGUGCUGGACGCCAACAGCUGCGACUACGAGCAGCGCGAGCGCUUCCUGCUGCUCUGCGUCCACGGCGACGGGCACGCCGAGAGCCUGGUCCAAUGGGAGAUGGAGGUGUGCAAGCUGCCCCGCCUCUCGCUCAACGGCGUGCGCUUCAAGCGGAUAUCCGGAACCUCUAUCGCCUUCAAGAACAUCGCCUCCAAGAUCGCCAACGAGCUCAAGCUGUAGAACUGCUGCGCCACUCAGUAACAACGACAACAACAACAACAACAACAGCCUACCCGCCGCCACAGGACAAACAAACAAUACUCGGGAAGCCCAUCUUUGAGGGGGGGGAGGGGGGGAACAGUGUGAGUGGAGAUAAUGGGGAGGGGGGGGGAUAGGGAAAAUGUCAAGGACAAUGACAUACAAUACAUACAAAAUGCGAAAUGAUACCAGAGGGAAAAAAAUGUGAAAAAUGAAAAUCGACUAGGUAAAGGACUGCAGGCACAAAGAAAAAAACUAGCAUAAUCAAACCUGUACAUUGUUAAUGAACAAACCGAAAAACAAGUAGCAGAUACUGCAAAUAGCACUCAAAAAACACUUACAAAAAAAAUAUGUACCAGAAAAUAAUGUAUAGACUUAUGCCUUAGGCAAUAAUUUCCCGCAUCUUUCCAUUGUUAUUAUUAUUGUUGCUAUUAAUUAUUAUUAUUAUUAUUAUUACUGAUGCGGCCAUUGAUAGUAAAACAAAAAUGAGAGAUUUUUUUUCUGUUAUCUUUUUUUAUCGUGCACUACUGCUUUAGUUGGACUUUGUAGCCAUAGCAACCAAACAACAGGUCCACACCACCAAACCUCUAAAAAACACACACACACACACACAGUCGCUUCACACAAGCAAAAACAGGAAGGGCAAAAAGACACGCACAUUCAAACACACCAGGAGAAAUAGAAAGGCAUCCGUUCCUGUGUUGACCAUGGUCCACACAUCUUCAUCGUCUUUGCAGCUCCCCCAUCCUUCCAUGAAAUCGGCACAUAGCUUGGCCAAUGCCACUUGAACCCUGGCCCAGGAGGAACUGCCUUCAGGCAGGUGGAACAUCGGCAUCCAUUGCACACACACACACACACACACACACACACACACACACAUAUAUACACACACUUUUUUUCUGAUGUGUGAUGUUUCUUUUUUUUCUUUUGUUUAAUUAUUAUUAUUUGUUUUAGUCUGCUUUGCUUAUACAUGUCUGUGGGUGCGGGGGUGGUGCUACCUCAUCCGAGGAAGAAACAAAAUAAAAGCCCUCCAUUGUCCUGGAUGUGUGUGGAAAAGCUGCCACCACCCUCUCACAUACAGACAUGAAUACACACACGUACACGCACACGCACACGUACACGCACACGCACACGCACACGUACACGCACACGUACACACACACGCACACACACACACACACACUCCCCUUAACAAGAGUCCCUCCCCUUGCUCAUCCCUGUUCCAGAGCCAGGCCACAGCCACUCUCCUCCAUCCACACCUCUUCCUCUACUGCACUCCUGGACACGCCCCCCUGGCCUGCAGCAGCUGAUGAGCAAUGUUCUAGAGUGGGAAUGUUCUAGAAUGGGAAUGUUCUAGAGUCAGAAUGUUCUAGAGUCAGAAUGUUCUAGAGUGCGCCAUGCAAGCCAUUCAGGGAUUUUGCAGAGAAUGACCGAGAAAGAGAUGGUGAGAGACCUCAGACCAGCACUGUAGGUUGGAAGGAGUAGCACGCUUCAGAUGAGACUGCUUGCACACACAUGCACGCUCGCGCGCACAUACUCAAGCACAUACAAGCACGAAAGAUGCUCUCACUCUCCCGCACACACACACACCCCAGACACGCAUACACACAAUGGUGUAGGGUUGUGGGGUGUGCUUUUCAGCGUGUCUCAUGACUUUGAGUCUGUGUUGCGUUUGUUAAAUAAUAUAAUUCAAACAGAAAUAGGCAAAAAAAAAAGAGAGAGAGCGAUAGAAAUCGCGAGAGAAAGCGAGUGAGAAUGAAACCAAGAAAGUGAUUAGGAAGAUUCUCCUUCCUUGUGUAUUUAAUUAUUUUAUUUUAUUUUUUUGUUAUGGACGUACGCCAGAUGCCCUCUGCUCUAGCUCUCCCGGUGGAGAAUCGGGUUCAGCCAGUGACUAUAUACAAAUGGACCCCAAAAGUUCCAUUCCUAUGCAGUCAUUGGCUGCAUACAGUCAUUGGGUUCAGCAAUGAGGUGUUGUAUUUACUGUUGGCUUUGUAAGGUUAAAGGUCAAAGUGUUUAAAGGUUGCCACACACUCUCAGCCAGGCCACCAGUAUUCACUCCAGACACCCCAUCAUAUUCUAGCACUGUUGUCCUCUUUUAUCUUUUGUUUGUUCGUUUUACUGGCUUCUGUUCAAUUUUAUUUUUUGUCUUAUUUCAGGUUGGAAUGUAAAUAAUGUGCAUUAGUUUGGCGACCCACGGCAUCAUGAUGUAUUUUGUUUUGUUUUCCUUCUUUUUUUUUUCCUUUCCUUUUUUUUUUUUUUUUUUUUUUUAAGUCUGGCGACUAGCCAGAAGCAUAAUUAAUGUAACUCAUCACAGGUUAAGGUUUAUCAGUGUCUCCAUUAAACACUCUAAAAGUACCCUGUGUUGAGUCUGUCUUUAUGGCUUGAUGGUUCAGUCUGUGAUUAUUGCAAAUGUUUAUAUCUACUAGUAUAGGGGUGGGUAUUGGUAACAACCUCACAAUACAAUGCAUAUCCCGAUACAGGGGUCACGAUAAGAUACGUAUUGCGAUACAUGUGCAUCCCGAUACAUGGUCUUCAAGGCGAUAUGUAUCCGAUAUUUACCUCCGCCAGGAGGUUAUGUGAUCGCCC